AUGAAGAAGGGAGGCAACGGCCAUGAAAUUUUCUCACGAAUUAACACAGCUUCACAACCUCAACUCGAACAAGAAUACCGAAUGUACUUCACCGAAAUACGAAACGCGGUCGAGGACAUUGAACGUGGGACUACAGCUAGUAUUAUUAAUAUGCCUGCGCAGUCCAGAGCUUCUACACGAUCAACGCUGGCGGGAGACGUUUCAGUCGCUGCGGCAUUAACAGGUAUCAACUCAGGUAGCGACGACACCGAAAUACGAAUUCGACCACAACUGCAACAGUUCACGUACAAAGAGAGUACGCACUUCCAAAGAGACGAAACCUCAAUCAGUUCAGUCCAAGCCCCUCCAGAUACUCGUUACGAAGCGCAAUUGCUCCCAAUACCUCCAGUGUACCGGAUCGAUAUAGCAUUCGACGGAACACCCUCCCGGAGACAUCCUCUUCUUCUGUUUAGAGCUGCACCUUUCGAGUUGAUAUUAAAUUCAAGGGAGCAGAUCAAGGGCAAGCGAGCUAUACAGGUUCCCGCUUUUGGCAGCAAAGACUUCAUGGAUCGAGUCGUACCACAUAUGCAAGGCGAUAAAACAUAUUCCUCGCCAUUUGUUUCCUUCAGAGAGAGCCCCAAGGCCACCCUACAAAAGUUGGAGAAGCGACGUGCUGCAGACAUCGACGAAAAGAUCUUUUUCGCAGUCUUUGCAUUCAAUGAUGUUCAACAGCAUGCAGAAAGAGUAUACGGGCCAAAUUCAGGGCCAUACCUGAUAAGUGGGAUUGAACUGCCGUAUUUACCAGGGGGCUACACGGGCACCACGGAGUGGCUCAUAUAUCGAACAGUCGAGUGUGAGCCUAUCGUACUUUUAGAUUCGGCGCAAGCGAUCCUUCUAGCACAAGCUCUUGAUCGACUCAAACGUUCGAGUGAUACCUCAGCACUUAUAAUCGUCAGCAACUGUCUUUCCGACACGCCCGCGAAGUGGAAAUGCGCAUUGGCAUAUCUCAUUUUAAAAUACUACUGGAAAAAAUCAUCGCUCCCUAAAGUCAACACCAAAAGAUAUCAUCUACUCAUGCAACUGAUUCACAGCGGUACCGAGACAGACCUAAAGAUGUUCGAUUCGUGUCACUCCGAUACCCAAGUGAUUCAAGUGGAGAGUACAGACGAAGACUGUGUUUUAGUUGAUAGCCAUCAACCUUCAUCAGCAUCUCAGGUGUCGCCCGUUACUAAGCUGAACGAGCUGAACUCGAUUCCAUCUAAGACAUCUCCUCAACACCCCGGUCGCAAACGUCGCUCCAGUCCUCUAUGGAGCCCAGACACCCAUUCUGAAAGCGACCAGGAUAUGCCUAUUGUAUUGGAACAUUCUCCAAAGCGAAGAAGGACCAGCAUAGCCAACGUAGUGGCUAAUGUUGAGACAUACGUCGAGGAUGACGAAGAUUAUAACUUUACUGAAGGGCUAGAUUCAUUGACCAGGAAGAAGAUAAAAGAAUGGUCACUGCAGCCAGGUCAUCAAGACGAGACUAUACUUCCUAGUACAGAAGCAUCACAGCCAAACAGUGACUUCCUGGCGGAAUUGUACCAAGAAGCGUACCGCAAAGCAUCAGAUACUAUAUCGAUACCGGCCUCUCUACACGUCCAAGCACCUAUAAACUGUCAUCCAGAGAAUGAGAACAGAUUUUCAACCAAGGAAAAUGCGCACUCUUGGACUUGGGUAAAUUCAACAAGAAGUUUAGGCUCUCAAGGUGUUUCUAGUGGUGUGAAGGUUUUUACUAUGGGCCAUGACGAUGAGGAAGAGGAAGACUUGGUGCCAGUCAAGGAGGAAGCUCAGAAUGGAGGUGAAGAAGAAGAAGACGAGGACGUUAUUUACGUUGGAUCAAAUGGAAGAGACCUCAUUAACCUGCAGCUUCGAAGCUUGUCGGUGCAGUGA